GGCGGCUCCGCGUCGAGGCGAGGGCGACCCGCGCGGGUGCUGGUGCCAGAAGAAAAGAAUGAUUGACGGGAAACAGACAUCAGCCUGUAGACUCUCACCCCUUUGCUUCAGAUACCGAUUUAUCAGUGCAUCUGGGCAUCCCCUGUGAGCCGUGAACACGGAGGAUCACUCAGGGUUAUCGACAGUGUAGCUGAAGACCCUCAACUUCACAAAUUAUUAUCUACUGUUGGACAUCUUUUACAAGAAGCCCUGACAAAUAAGUUAUAAGACAAAGGACUCGCUCUACACUGUUGUGAAAGGCAGUCACUGGGGUCUGUGUGGCUUCUACCAAAGUCUUCAACUUAGUAAAACAAACGCUGUAUCCUAAUGCCUCACGUUUGAAUUGGAACCUAUUUUAUAAAAUAUAUACAUGCAUAUGUACAUAUAUCUAUAAUCUAUAGACUGAACGUACGUCAAUACUGAGCAUCUUUACGAAGGUGACCUAAAAGGAUUUAGAGAUGUAUUUGUCAAGAUUUCUGUCACUUCACGCCCUCUGGGUCACUGUAUCUUCUGUGAUGCAGCAUUAUCCUUCCGUGUGGGGACAUUAUGACGUGUGUAAGACCCAAAUUUACACAGAAGAAGGAAAAGUAUGGGAUUACAUGGCCUGCCAGCCAGAAGCCAGAGACAUGAUCAAAUACGUAAGAGUGACUCUGGAUCCCCCAGAUAUAACAUGUGGAGAUCCUCCUGAGACUUUCUGUGCAAUGGGGAACCCCUACAUGUGCAAUAAUGAAUGUGAUGCAAGUACCCAAGAACUGGCUCAUCCUCCAGAAUUGAUGUUUGAUCUUGAAGGAAGACAUCCAUCCACAUUUUGGCAGUCCACAACUUGGAAGGAUUAUCCAAAGCCUCUUCAUGUUAAUAUUACACUCUCCUGGAACAAAACCAUUGAGCUGACAGAUAACAUAGUUAUCACUUUUGAAUCUGGCCGUCCAGACCAAAUGAUCCUGGAGAAAUCCCUCGACUAUGGACGAACAUGGCAGCCCUACCAGUAUUAUGCCACAGACUGUUUAGAUGCUUUCCACAUGGAUCCAAAAUCAGUGAGGGAUUUAUCACAGCAUACAGUCCUAGAAAUCAUUUGCACGGAAGAAUACUCUACUGGAUAUAUGACAAACAGUAAAAUAAUCCACUUUGAAAUCAAAGAUAGAUUUGCUUUUUUUGCUGGACCUCGGCUUCAUAAUAUGGCUUCUCUUUAUGGCCAGCUUGACACAACCAAGAAAUUAAGAGAUUUCUUUACCAUCACAGAUCUGAGGAUAAGAUUGCUUAGACCAGCAACUGGAGAAAUAUAUGUAGAUGAGCAACACCUGGCACGGUAUUUUUAUGCCAUCUCAGACAUAAGGGUAUAUGGAAGGUGUAAGUGCAACCUUCACGCUACUGGCUGUAAAGAAGAAAACAAAAGACUACUUUGUGAAUGUGAGCAUAACACAACUGGCCCAGACUGUGGAAAAUGCAAGAAGAAUUACCAGGGCCGACCAUGGAGCCCUGGUUCUUAUCUGCCUAUACCUAAGGGCACUGCUAAUAUCUGUAUACCCAGUAUUUCCAGUAUUGGUAAUCCUCCAAAGUUUGAUAGGAUAUGGCCGAAUAUUUCUUCUCUUGAGGUUUCUAAACCAAAUCAAGUUGCUCCCAAAUUAUCUAUGACAACUGUUUCUUCUGUUCAAGUUGCAAACCACAAGAGAGACUGUUAUUGUAACCCUUUUGGUUCAGUCCAUGAUCGCUGUAAUGACAGAGGAUUUUGUGAGUGUAAGGAGGGAGCAUCAGGGCCUAAAUGUGAUAAAUGUCUGCCGGGAUAUAUCUGGCACAGCUUGGGCUGUCAACCAAAUGUGUGCGACAAUGAGCUCCUGCACUGCCAGAAUGGAGGGACAUGCAUCAACAACGUGCGGUGCCAGUGCCCUCCAGCCUACACUGGCAUCUUAUGUGAGAAGCUUAAGUGUGAACGGGAUCCAGGAGGCUGCAGCCAAAGCUCCACCCAGGGGGCAAUAUCCCACAGUCCCUUAUUACUGCUGAUGGCCCUACUAGGAGCAGCCAGACUUCACAUGUGCUAGGCUUCGUUUGGUCGAUGGCAUUGUAUUUGGACUGCUUCAAAAGAACAUGCCACAUGAAAACAAAACAAAAUCCAAGUGUUUGCUACUGAAAUCUCAAAAAGGAAAAAGAAAGAAAAAAAUAACACAUACAAACUUGGAAGGCCUAACUGAACUAAGCCAUAUUAAUCAGUUAUGGACGGCACUCUGAGUCAAGACUGCUCACCACAACCGGAGAUGGACUGGCAGCUCCUGCUCUGCCCAAUCAGUGCUGGCUGCCAGGCUCACAGAGGACAAACAGCUUGGACAGCCCCAAAACGGGAAGGGAAACGAAAAACAUUUGCUACUCCUCUCUGGUGCGCUGCUGUACCUCCGCCCAGUGUGGGGACCAACCAAAUAAAGGCAUUCUUUGCUGUCAGUGCAUUGUGGGUAUAAGGAAAUCUGUAAAAGCUGCCAUAUUGGCCUGCUUCAGUCCCCGAAUCCUCUCCAACCUGUGCUUUAGUGAACGUUGCUCUGUAACCCUUGUUGGUUGAAAGAUUUCUUUGUCUGAUGUUAGUGAUGCACAUGUGUAACAGCCCCCUCAAUAAAACUCAAGCCAGUCAUAUCCUUGUAUACCUUAGCAGCACCGCAUCAGUACGAUGCCGUGUUCACCUACUGUACAAGAGUGGCUAUAGGACAAAAAAGUGUAUUUAUCCUUUUGUAUUCAAAUGAAGUUAUUUUUCUUGAAAUAAUGUACAAUGUAGAUUUUUUGUAUUAUUGCCUAUUUGUGUUACCAGACAAUUUGUUAAUGUAUUUAAUUCUAAUCAGAUAAGAGAAAAAUUACUUUUUAUUUAGUCCUUUUCUUUUACCUUUCAUUUAAUUGUGCAGAGAUUUCUCUGUAUGGGCAACGUGCUGGCAUCAAAGAAUAUCAGUUUACAUAUAUAACGAGUGUAAUAAGAUUCCACCAAAGGACAUUCUAUAUGUUUUCUUGUUGCUUUAACACUGAAAGAUUUCCAAGAAUAAAAAUUCCUGCAUAAACAAU